CACUCAACUGACCUUAGAUCAGCGUCUGGGGGAAAUUAUUCCUUUCUCGGUAUGACAUCAUCCACUCAUUGUUUGUGGAGCUGUCAGUUCCAUCACCGACCUAGUAUUGUAACGUUAACUACUGUAACGCCAUACAAAUUGGAUUUAAUUUAAAGCAUUAUAUCAACAUGGCAGAUAAACAGGAUAAGAGUGAGCUGAAGGCGGAGCUGGAGAGGAAGAAACAACGCCUGGCCCAAAUCAGAGAGGAAAAGAAGAGAAAGGAGGAGGAGAAGAACAAGAAGAAGGAUGGGUCUGACUCUAAGCGGGGAGGGGAGGGGGGUGCAGCUGGGGCACCAGACUCGUCUGACCUGGAGAAGAAGAGGAGAGAGGCUGAAGCUCUACUGCAGAGCAUGGGGAUCGCCCCGGAUAUAACCAAUGCCCAGCCUCUGAGAGUAAUAACAGAGGAUACGUGUUUGUUUCACUAUCUAGUCCCCGCCCCUAUGUCUCCCUCAGCCAAAUCAAUGUGCAGCGAGACAGGAAGCCAGGACUCUGGAGAUGGAAACUCUAGGACGUUACACUGGGAUCCUGACCCCUCUACUCUGCAGCUGCACUCUGACUCCGACCUACUGGGGCGUGGUUUGAGGCUUGGCAUGGCAAAGGUGACCCAGGUGGAUUUCCCACCCAAACAGUCUGUGUCCUACUCCAAGGAGACACAGACCCCCACCUGUACACAAACACACACACAGGCCAAACCAGCGGAGGAGGAAGAGGAGGAGGAGAUGGCUGAGCCCAAGCCAGCAGAGGAGUCCCAGGAGGAGAAAGCUGAUCAGGAGGAGAAGCAGGAAGAAGUCACUCCCAAAGAUCUGACUGAAGAGGAGAAGAUGCAGCUUCUCCACUCGGAGGAAUUCAUGGCGUUCUUCGAUCGAGGGAGCAGGAUUGUGGAACGGGCUCUGUCUGAACGAGUAGACGUCUGCUUUGACUACAGCGGCCGAGACCUGGAAGACAAGGAGGGUGAGAUGCAGGCGGGGGCUAAGAUGUCUCUGAACAGGGCGUUCUCUGACGAACGUUGGUCCAAGAACAGGGUGGUCACCUGUCUGGACUGGUCUCCUCAGUACCCUGAGCUGCUGGUGGCCUCCUACAACAACAACGAGGAUGCUCCUCAUGAGCCUGACGGAGUGGCUUUGGUCUGGAACAUGAAGUUCAAGAAGACAACACCUGAAUACACCUUCCACUGCCAGUCUGCAGUGAUGUCAGCAGCGUUCGCCAGGUUCCAUCCUAACCUGGUCGUGGGCGGGACUUACUCAGGCCAGAUCGUCCUAUGGGACAACAGGAGCAACAAGAGAACACCUGUACAGAGAACUCCUCUUUCUGCAUCUGCUCACACGCACCCAGUGUACUGUGUGAACGUGGUGGGGACCCAGAAUGCUCACAACCUCAUCAGCAUCUCGACUGAUGGAAAGAUGUGCUCCUGGAGCCUGGACAUGCUGUCUCAACCACAGGACAGUCUGGAGCUGGUGUUUAAGCAGUCUAAGGCAGUAGCAGUGACCUCCAUGGCUUUUCCGCUGGGUGAUGUGAACAACUUUGUGGUCGGGAGUGAAGAUGGAUCAGUCUACACCGCCUGCCGUCACGGGAGUAAAGCAGGUAUCAGUGAUGUAUUUGAGGGACAUCAUGGUCCGGUCACUGGGUUGAGCUGUCACAGUGCUGGGGGUCCUGUGGAUUUCUCCCAUCUGUUCAUCUCUGCCUCCUUCGACUGGACCGUCAAGCUGUGGACCACCAAGAGUACCCGUCCUCUGUAUUCAUUUGAGGACAGCUGUGACUAUGUGUAUGAUGUCAUGUGGUCUCCCACACACCCCGCCCUCUUCGCCUGUGUAGACGGAUCUGGACGCCUGGACCUGUGGAACCUCAACAACGACACAGAGGUGCCCAGUGCAAGUGUGUGUGUGAAUGGGUCUCCUGCUCUGAACCGUGUGCGGUGGGCUCACUCAGGGAGAGAGAUCGCUACAGGAGACUCAGACGGACAGGUGCUGGUGUAUGACGUAGGGGAGCAAAUCUGUGUGCCCAAGGCAGAUGAAUGGACCCGUUUGGUACACACGCUGGUGGAGAUCAACGAGAACCGUGAUGAAGGAGAGGAGCUGGCCGCGCAGCGCCUAGUCGCCUGAUCACCAUGGUAACCACUCCCCUCCUGCACUUGCUUCCAAAUCCUCCCUCCAGUUGGAACAGGAGUGAUGUCUAUCCUCUCAGGUUCUAGAACAUUUGUGUGUUCUGUCCACAGCGCUUCCCUAAAUAUGCAAAACUUUAUACCUUUUUACUACUUUGAAGCUCUUGUGUGUAUUCCCUAAAGGCUGACCAUGUGGGUUUAAUGGUGAGACAAAGAAAUAGGAUGACCCAUUCCAACCUUUAUAGACUAGGGCAGCAAUGUCCUUAGAUUUUAUUUAUCCAUGCUCUUAUUUAUCAUAUGCGGUUGCACAUAUUUUAAACAUAUUACAUAUUUAAACGUGUCUGCGGAUAGCUUUACUAGUAAAUCCCUUAACAUUAGCACUACACCUAAGCUCAUACCACUACAAGACAAAGUGCUUUUUAAACUUUACUUGCCUUGACUGAAUAUGUUAGUGGUUUUUGAAUAAACUAAAGUUAAUGACUUUAUCCAUUUAAAAAUGUACUGUACCCGUAGGUCUCAAAAGAAACCCAGUGUCUCUGUCCUUCUUGAAAGGAUGUUAAUGAAGUAUUUCGUCAUAUGAAGAGCCAUAUAUCCAUACAGAGUUUGGCCAACUAUUAACCAUGUUGGCACCAAAUGCACCACAUUCUAAUUAGCAUUUCAACUAGACUUUUGUUGUGGUGACAUUGUCCAUUCCACAAUUCUCUGUUGGAAGGAGUUUACCAAACUGUAUAUAUACACAACACAUUCAGAAAGUGUUCAGACCCCUUGACUUUUUCCACAUUUUUACGUUACAGCCUUAUGCUAAAAUUGAUUAAAUAGUCCCCCCCUCAUCAUUCUACAGACAAUAUCCCAUAAUGACAAGGUAAAAACUGGUUUUUAAAAACGUAUAACUGAAAUAUCACAUUUAUAUAAGUAUUCAGACCCUUUACUCAGUACUUUGUUGAAGCCCCUUUGGCAGUGAUUAUGGGUAUGACCCUACAAGCUUGGCACACCUGUAUUUGGGGAGUUUCUGCAGAUCCUCUCAAGCUCUGCCAAGUUGGAUGAGGAGCGUCGCAGCACAGCUAUUUUCAGGUCUCUCCAGAGAUGUUCGACUGGGUUCAAGUCCGGGCUCUGGCUGGGCUACUCAAGGACAUUGAGACCUGUCUCUAGCCACUCCUGCGUUGUCUUGGCUGUGUGCUGAGGGUCGUUGUCCUGAAGGAAUGUGAACCUUCACCCCAGUCUGAGGUUCUGAGUUCUCUGGAGCAGGUUUUCGUCAAGGAUCUUUCAGUUCUUUGCUCCAUUCAUCUUUCACUCAAUCCUGACUAAUCUCCCAGUCCCUACCGCUUAAAAACAUCCCCACAACAUAAUGCUGUCACCACCGUGCUUCACUGUAGGGACGAUGCCAGGUUUCCUCCAGACGUGAGGCUUGGCAUUCAGGCCAAAGAGUUCAAUCUUGGUUUCAUCAGACCAGAGAAUCUUGUUUCUCAUGGUCCGAGUCCUUUAGGUGCCUUUUGGAAAACUCCAAGCGGGCUCUUUUGUGCGCCUUUUCCUGAAGGGUGGCUUCUGUCUGGCCACUCUACCAUAAAGGCCUGAUUGGUGGAGUGCUGCAGAGAUGGUUGUCCUUCUAGAAGGUUCUCCCAUCUCCACAGAGGACCUCUGUCAGAGUGACGAUUGGGGUUCAUGGUCACUUCCCUGAGGCCUUUCUCCCCCGACUGCUCGGUUUGCCUGGGCGGCCUUGGUGGUUCAAAACUUAUUCAAUUUAAGAAUGGAGGCCACUGUGUUCUUGGGGACCUUCAAUGCUGUAGACAUUUUUUUGGUACCCUUCCCCCAGAUCUGUGCCUCCAGAAUCCUGUCUCAGAGCUCUACAGACAAUUCCUUCCACCUCAUGGCUUGGUUUUUGCUCUGACAUGCACUGUUAACUGUGGAACCUUAUAGAAAGGUGUCUCUUUCCAAAUCAUGUCCAAUCAAUUGAAUUGUAGAAGUUGUAAAAACAUUAAGGAUGAUCAAUGGAAACAGGAUGCACCUGAGCUCCAUUUUGAGUCACAUAGCAAAGAGUCUGAAUACGUAAAUAAGGUAUUUUGUAUUUUUUGGGCACAAAAAAAUAUAUAAUGUUUUGCUUUGUUAUUAUGGUGUAUUAAUGAGUAAAACCUUUAAUCAAUUUUAGAAUAAGACUAACGUAACAAAAUGUGGAAAAGGGGAAGGGGUCUGAAUACCAAAUGCACUCUGUGCUCCUUAAUGAAUUUGAUAUGAUAGGACAUUUUGUAAAAUUGUAUCAGUAUAACAUGAAGUGACCAAGUCUAGUAUUAUGCCAAAACUCCUGGUAAGGUUUUGCUUGUCCCUUUUUGCUGUUCAUUCCCCUUGAAAUAAACACUAACCUCUAGAAUGAAAACCAUACAUAUGCUUUAUUUAUUUCAAUAAAAUACACAAUGAAUUGAAA